AUGGAUUCAAAUUCUCCAAUAUCGGUAAUUAUACAUAAUAAUAAUCAGGCAAGUAUAAUUUCACAUAGAAGUGAUCCAAAUGAUGAUGCUAUUUAUUAUAUGAUAUAGGUGAAAAAUAAAACAAGUGAUGUUUGGUAAUUAGAAAAAAGGUAUAUAUGAGUGAAUGAAAGUAGAUUUUCACAAUUUGAGGAUUUAGCAAAAAAAUUAAAAGUUCUCUUUGGAGAGUAAUUGCCUUCACUUCCAAAAAAGAAAUAUAUAACAUUUUUAGUAGGUAAGACACCUGAAGAUAUUGAGAAAAGAAAAGCAGGUUUAGAUGAAUUUAUUUAAGUAAGAAUGAUAGUGUUAUAAUGAGAAUUUAGCAAGUAGAUAAGAAGUAGUUGCAUCAGAACCAUUAAAAUAGUUCUUAGAAAUAGAGAGGAAUGCAAAAGAAAUUAUAGUGAAUCCUCCAAAGUUAAUAUUCGAAUUUAAAGGAUUUUUGCAUGGAAUUAGAGAUUUUACAAUAAGUUCAGAAUAAGGAUUGAUGUUUGUAAUAACAUCAGAUUGUUCAGUAAUAAAUAGAUUGGAUGCUUAUUUAACAAAUAUGAAAGCUCCAUGGGAAUCUGAGAAGGGAGAUUAGGCAUUAAUACCUGUAGGAUGUGUUGAAUGUUGGUUAUAAUAAGAGAAUGGAGAAUUUUAAAGAUUAUGGGUUAAAAUGUAUAAUUCUUAGGCAAUCACUUGUUAUUGGGAUUCUGUAGCUUCAGUUUUGUUGGUAGGGUUAGAUAGUGGAUCAAUUAAUUAUUUAUAUGUUCCAGAAAAAGAAGGGUAUAAGAAAUUUACUGAGAGUAUGGAAAUUGAACAACAUACAGAUAGAGUUAUGGGAUUGUAUUAUGAUACAAAGAGAAAAUAUUUACAUUCAGUAUCUAAAGACAGAAAAUAUAGAAUAUUAAAUCUAAGAAAAGGAAUAUUAGUAGAAGGUUUUUUUUAUUUUUAAUAUUUUUAGAUAUUGAACCUGGUUAAUAUGAAUUAACAUGUUUGUUAGGGAGUGAUGAAAGAAAGAAAACUUUUGUUGGAGAUAGACAUGGAGAAAUAUUUAUAUAUGAUAUAGAAAAAGUAUUUCAUUUAUAACAUUCAAUUAGAAAAAACCUAAAUUAAUCAUCAAAAUUCCAACUACUUAAUUAUUUAUUAGAGGAUUUUUCAUAGAUAAUUAAAGAAAUUAUUUAUUUUCAAUUAGUCAUGAGAAUGGAGUUAUUUUGAUUAUUGAUAUAUAAUUACCUGGGAGAGAGUAAUAUUCUAAAGAAGUUGCUUAAUUAAAUGGAAAAUCAAAGAGUAGAGAAAUUGGUUGGUCAGCAAAAAGGGGAGAAAUCUAUGUAGGAAAUAUUGAUGGUACUGUUACUAUUUGGGAUGCUCGAAAAUCUAAAUAAUUAUGUAAUCUAUAUCAUAUUUAAUUUAGAUGUAUUAAAAGCACAUGAUUCUGAUAUUACUAAAUUAUAAUGGCUUGAUGCUGAUUAAACACUUUUGACUUCUGCAAAAGAUAAAGUCAUAAAGGUUUGGUCUAUGCCUUAACAUUGGAGAGAUCCAAAUAUUGUAGAAAAAGAAUUAGAAUAAGAUUAAUUAUAAGCUAAACAAUAAAGUUCAGAUUUAAUUUAUAAGAAAGCCUAAUAAUAAUUUUAAUAGAAAUUCUAAGAUGAUGAAGACGAUGAUAUGGCUAUUUGGCAUAAGGAUUAAUAAAGGCAUUCAGACACUAAAUAUGAAGAUAUUGUUGAAUUAAAAUGAG